GUUGCACAUGUUGAAAUCGUGUGUUCUUAUGUGACUUGAUAUUUUUCUGCGCUCUACGGCAAUUGGAAUCGUCAACAACAAGAAAACAACAACAAUAAUAAGUAAAGCAAUAAAGACUUGUUUUUUUUUCAAGGACAAAUUGAUAAAUUUCGACAAUUUUUUUUUAAUCUUUUUUCUAAUUUAGUUAUUCGUAUAAAUAAAGUGCAAUAGCAGUGAAAGAGACACCACAAUUAAGUUUCAUUGAAAAUUUUGCACUAAGUAGUUUUGCUGCAGUUGUUUCACAAACAGCUGUUGCUCCAAUUGAACGUGUUAAAUUACUCGUACAAAAUCAAGGUGAAAUGUUAAAACAAGGUACUCUAGCACGACCAUAUACUGGUGUUAUUGAUUGUACUGUGCAAACAUUUAAAAAUGAAGGUUUACUUGCAUUUUGGCGGGGAUAUUUAGCUAAUUGUAUUCGAUAUUUUCCAACACAAACAUUAAAUUUUGCAUUCAAAGGUAAAAUAAAAGCAAUGUUUGAACAAAAUAAAAAUGAUCCAUAUUUGGUUAAUUUUGGUAAAAAUGUGGCAAGUGGUUGUGUAGCCGGUGCAUUAUCAUUAUGUUUUGUUUAUUCACUUGAUUAUGCUCGUACACGUUUAGCUAAUGAUGUUAUAAGUACGGAAAAUGGUGGUGGAGAACGUAAAUAUAAUGGUCUUAUUGAUGUUUAUAGAAAAACAUUAGCAACUGAUGGUUUUGUUGGUCUUUAUCGUGGUUUUGUUAUAUCGUGUGUUGGAAUAAUUAUCUAUCGGGGUUGUUAUUUUGGUUUUUAUGAUACAUUAAAACCACUUUUACUUGGUCCAGACGCUGGUAUUAUGUUAUCAUUUUUACUUGGUUAUGGUGUUACAGUUAUAUCUGGUCUUAUAUCAUAUCCAGUUGAUACAAUUCGACGACGUAUGAUGAUGACAUCGGGUCAAGCUGUUAAAUAUAAUGGUUCAUUAGAUUGUAUGUUUCAAAUAAUACGACAAGAAGGUGUUAUAGCUUUAUUUAAAGGAGCUGGUGUCAAUAUUCUUCGAGGUAUUGCCGGUGCUGGUGUUUUAGUUGGUUUUGAUAAACUUAUACAAGUUUAUACCGGUGUUAAAGCUCAUACCAGUGGUAGUGGUUAA